UAUCAAAGCCGACGAUGAACACAAAAAAAAUCCAAGCGGAGGAUGAGCACCAACAAAUCCAAGCCGACGAUGAGCACAAACAAAUCCAAGCGGAGGAUGAGCACCAACAUAUCCAAGCCGACGAUGAGGACAAACAAAUCCAAGCCGAGGAUGAGCACCAACAAAUCCAAGCAGGCUAAAGAAGCCGAAAAGUAUACAGUUGAUAAAAUCGUCAAAAAGAGAAUUCAAAACGGAGUCGUCGAGUACUUCUUGAAGUGGAGCGGUUAUAGGGACAGCGAGAACACCUGGGAACCUGAAUGCAACCUGAAAUGCCCGGAACUGGUCAGGGAAUUUGAAACAGAGUGCACAAAGAAGCACAUGGAGGAUAAACUUAAGAAACGGAAGUUCGCCGCCGAUGUGUAUGCAGUUGAGAAAAUCGUUGGAAAGAGAAUUCAGAACGACAUUGUCCAAUACUUUCUGAAGUGGAGAGGUUAUGGUGUCAGCGAGAAUACCUGGGAACCUGAAAGUAACUUGGAUUGCCCUGAGCUGAUCUGGGAAUUCGAAGCAGAAUUGGCGAAGAAGAACAAGGAGGAGAAACUCAAGAAACAAAGUCCGCCUAGCCCGGUUUCCGAUGACGAUUCUGAAGUGGAUUCUCCACCGAUCGAGGAUCCAUGA